GGAACUGCCCGUUUACGUUGUGUAUUACGGUAGAACAUGGACGCCAGCUUAAACAUCACUGAGAGCUUUUUGCUGUAGCCCAGCUUGUUUAAGGUCUGUGUUCAUCAUGAUCACUCCUGCUUUUGACCUGAGCCAGGAUCCUGACUAUCUGACCAUCUGCAUAAGAGUGCCUUACACCAGAACCUCAGAGUUUGACCUGUUCAUUGAUGGGACAGAUUUCAAGUUCUACGCAAAGCCCUACUUCCUUAGAUUAAGUCUUCCUGGAAGAAUUGUAGAAGAUGGGAGGGAACAAGCUUCAUUCGACAUUGAUAAAGGAGUUUUCACACUCAAGGUCCCAAAGGAAAUACCGGGGGAGUCCUUCGAAGGGCUUCACUUGCUCACCAGUCUCCUCGCACCAAAAGGCUCGCGAUCAGCGAAACCGUUGGUGGAGGAUGUGAGCGGAGAAGGCAGUGAAACGGCGGCAGACGGCGAGGAAGAGGAGGAGGAGGAGUUUGACUGGCAGCUGGAGCAGCAGGUUUACACAGAUCGAUCCGAAGAGGAGCUGGGCGCCCUGCACAAGUACGGCUUCGGCAAUCAAAGGUCCGGAGUGUUUUCCCGACUGCAGGAGGAGCUCGGCGACGUGAUCGACCUCAAGGACCCGGAGGGAACGUCGGCGUCCGGUCGGCGCCGGGCCCGGCUGGAGGCUGAGGCGUCCGCCUUCUCCUCUGACCAUUACUUAGCCGAUCUGUUUGAAGACGACGAGAUAAACCGCCUGCUGACGUUCACACCGUGGUGGUCAAAGCUGAGCGCGUCUGCGGAGCAGGAGGGCGGAGCUGCUGUGUCAUUCAGUGAGGAAGAGAAAGAGCAGCUGAGGAAAUUCGCCAACCGCUCCUACCUGCUGGACAAGACGUCUCGUUACCAAGCGUGGCUCGGCCUUGUCGACAUCCUGCUGGCCUACUCCUAUGAUGUGCGCUCUACAGAGGGGGAACACAACGUAGAGUCACCAUGGACUGUCAGAAAACUCAGCGGGACUCUGUGCUGGCUAGAGACCUACAGCUGCUUGCUUGAUGUCCUGGUGUCCUUCGGACGGAGGGUCUUGUGCUACCCACUCUACAGGCACUUCGCUUUGGUGACCUCGGCUGUUUGUGACACGGUUAAGAUCCUUCAAUCAGGGAGAGGCUGCGUCCUCAGAUGCCUGCUGCACAUCCACAAAGUCUUCAGAGAGAACGAGCCGGCCUACAUACUGAACGACCUGUACGUUACAGACUACUGCAUCUGGAUCCAGAGGGUCAAGUCCAAGAAGGUGAUGGAGCUGGCCACCAUGCUGCAGCACGCCUCGCUUCAGAAGAAGGAUUUGGAGCUGGAGCUUGAAGAACUUGAGAGCGCAGCGAGAUUGGUGGUGGAGGAAGAGCGGCAAGCCUCCAGUGACAGUGACAGCAGCAGCAGCAGCAGCAGCAGCGCUUCCAGUGACAGCAGCAGCAGCAGCAGCGACUCAUCCAGCGAGAGCGAGGAGUCUGAAGCCGAAGCACGAGGCGGCACCGAAUCCAAGCAGGGAGGAGAAGGAGGAGAGACGUGUAAAGACAACCCCUCCCAGCCUCAGCCCACCUCCUCUGCCUCUCCCAUCCCCCACACAUCCUCAAGUGCGCUUUUCCCAUCGGCAAACAGGAAAGCGGACGCCCCUCUCUCAGCCUCACAGGGCUGCAGACAGCUGAUCCAAGAGCUGGGGGAACAGAUGACAGAGGAGCUCAGGAUCUCUGCAGACUCCAGCUCUGAAGCAGCAGAGGCAAAGGAACCAUCUGCAAAGAGCAGCAGCAGCAGCGGUGGGACUUUGUUAGAGCCGAGUCCUCCCAAAAAGCCUCUGCUCGUCGUUCAGACGCACUAAGAUUCAUUAGCUAGACCCAAAGUGAAGUGGAACUUCAAGUCUUUGGUGAUGAAUUUUGUAUCUUCCUUAUAAACAGUAUUUUUAUUCAUUUGUUCUUAUUUUUUGGAUUUUUUUUGUUAUGCAUACUUAUGAUUUAAUGCAGUAAUGAUAUGAUAUUCUAACUUAACUUGUAUCUCAGACUAUAUUUGCUUAGAACUAAAGGUGCAACUAUGACUUAUUUCAAAUACACAUUAUUGUUUGCAACAGCGCCGGCAUUGUUUGCAAAUGAUGUUUACAAAUGAUGUGUUUGCAACGUUUUGUCCUGCUUAUACUGAAUUUAGCUGAAUUUUAGCUGAUUUGGACCACCAUUAGCUCAAUAAAAAGUGAUAAGUGGAAGUGAAAAAUGAGACUUGGUGAUGAAUUUCGGACUGUUCCAGUUAAAGAUCCACAAAUUAAUUGGUUUGUUUAUGUUGUUCGAUUUUCUUUCUAUGUAGUAAUUCAGCUGAAUGUAAUAUAUAAUAUCCUGUAAAACCUGUUGGAAAUUCAUAAUUCCUUUUGAUAUUGUUGCUUAUGAAAUGCAUAAAUGUCCGGCUUUAUUUGGUCAAAGAUGCACUGA